UCAUGGACCAGCUAGGCUAUGGUGAUUCUCGGCUCAGAAAAACUAUGCACACGUUUGCUGAUAGUUCUAUCAGGUAACCAAGGCACCCUUCCGCUCGGAUGGAACUCAUCCUUCCUCAACGCUGCGCUCGCACAGAAUGCAACACCCUCCCGAUAUUGGUCUUUGUGGCCGGGAAGCCGCUCAAUCGACUACAGCGUGCCUGGAGAGCUUGUGGUCGGAGGCAUCGAUGUGACACGGUUUGAACCUCAGAAUGUUGCUACCUUCCAAUCCACAUCGAGCUGCACACUCUGUCCCAUUGUUACCGGCUUGACGUGGGAUACCGAUAAUGGCUCUGUUAACAUCUUCUCUAAUGCCUCGGAGGCUCUUCAGAUAUCGUUGCAACCUGCUAUUAACUAUCUGACUGUCACCCCGGAUAUGUUCGCCAAUUUCGCCAACGCUACAGGGGCUUCCUUGACUCUGGAUCCCGGCGUGCUAGCAUACGAUGCAGCUCAGCCACCUGUGGGUAAUCUGACCGUCACCUUACGUGGUGGCUACCAGACACAGAUCACAUCUGCAGAUCUUUUCGUUUAUCCCAGAGGCUACAUCAAUGGAACCUACUCGGUCACCAACAGUACCUUCUUACUGGCAGAAAUGGUAGCUCAAAACAAUACCGGAUACGUAAAGAACUGGGGUGUACCUUACCUGACUUUCAACUACCUCAUGGUGGAUUAUGCCAGAAGCCAAUUUCAAUUGGCCCCAGCCAUUCGCACCGAUUUUAGCAGUCAAGGAGGUGGUUAUGAACUCUCUGCCGUUUGUGAUCCGGUCACAACGGUGACUUCAACUCCAGUGUCAUCGUCACCAGUACCUCCAGUGACAAUUACAUCCUCCACAUCAAAGUCGAGCUCUCCCAAGAGUGGCAAUAACACUGGGGCUAUCGUUGGUGGGGUAGUCGGCGGCGUCUUGGGCCUGGCUUUGAUACUUGGAGGCCUAGCACUGUUGUUCUAUCGCAGUCGCAAACAGAACAAGACGGCCUCUGUAACUCCACGCGAGCAGAUGGCUCAACCGGAGCGGGUGUCUCAAUACACAGCAUAUACCGGGACCACCCCCAGGGGAGCCUAUGAGGUUGAUAGCACGACCAAGUCCAAUCCCGAGGUCGAAAAUUGGAUCAAUUCUGCCGGAAGUGAUGCGAUGCCAUCCGCAACCUUCAACAGUCCUCCACAUCCACUAGAAAUGCCUUCUGAGCACUACUAACGGUCGGUCCAAGUCCGAAAGAAGUCAUCAAUCCGCAAAACAAAAAAUGAUCUCGUCGAGUUGCGGAAGUGUUCGCUGGUAUGCUGCCGAUCAGACUCGCCUGGUCAAUGAACGAAGGUUUCUCACGUUGAGACUAUCGCUGGCGCAAUUUGUCCUUUUACCUGCUUUAUUAAGGACGCAGCAUUCACUCAUUGUCGUGAUUGGCUACGGUAGCGUUGACGAAAGUUUGGGACGGACUAUAUAUUGAUGCGCUCUAAUUAAAUA